GAGACGCACUGAGCGUAUGCAAAACUGUUGUGUCUGCAGUCGUGAUGGUCGGCGGCAUCCUGGUUACGCCGAUGCGUUCUGGAAGGAUCGCUGUUGUUACACAUGAGUCACGAGGUAAUGCAGCGGUUGACGUAGGCAAAGUUUGCGCAUUGCACGUCUGCCAAAAAAAAAAAACAUUCACUAAAUUGCAGAAGCAAGUUCACAAGAGCUUUGCUAGCUGCGGAAAACAGUAUACUCUGGUGCCAGCUGCAACGGCAAGCGAGCGAGAUAAUUACAAUGGUUGAAACCGACAUUAUGCAUUCAGUAAUCUCCUUGGUUGUGGUCUUCUCCAUGGGGAUAAUCGUCGCUUCCGCAACUAACAAAACAGACUGUGUCUUUACUGACCUGGACCUGGAUGAUGCCCUUACAAGUCUAAUCAGUGAGCUAUCGAUACAUGAAGAUCAGAUGAAGAGGAUCGGCUCAUACCUAGAUAUUUUAGAUGUUCAGUGCUGCAGCACUAGCGGCCUCCAGCGCCUUCGCCAGUACGGACCACUGCUACCUUACUGCGUCAAUGGCACACGUAAAUUUCAGGUCGACCUGGUCCCCGAUGGUCCCAUUGAGAUGAAAAUGAAUUGGAGGUGGUACAAUGGAUUCGAAGGAACACUGACACUCGGCGCACAAUUAUCGCGCCUCACCCUCCAAUUUGUUGUUUCCGAACAGCCACUCGGAAAGAUCGCCCUUAGGUUGGAAAAUCCUCUCGUUCCCGUGGCGACAGAGAUGACUUAUGCUGAGGUUGAAGGUGUUGGUGAAACCGCACGAGCUGUGACCGCAAUCUGGAGCAAACUUCUGCCUUCGCUGACGCAACGUGUGUGGAAUGAGUAUUUCCUUGCAAAUCUGCGCAAGGCCAUCUGUCAGGUUCAGCUCGAGCUGUUCCCUCCACAUGAACAAGCUAACCUACAUAAAGGCAGCUCAACUGCGUUCACUGAAUAUACCGAAUUAGAUGCGUGUACGCACUGAUCGCUGCGCUACAAACAACGAUGAACGCAAACAGUGCUUGCAGCACAUGGCUGCUCAAGUCUGCGGCACCUUCGCGACAGUCAAACAGGCAGCGUGAAGUGUCGGCGAAUUUCGGGCUGUACAUUGGCUUCGAAGCAUGAGUCACGUGCGUGGUUCCUCUUGUUGAAUGAUGUGAUGCGUUGUAGAUAAGCAGCCAGCCGUACGAAAAUAUCCCUAUAUAAUUAGCUGCAAUUGUUAUUUUUUUGCAGAAGCCGUGCUACCUUUUAUGUAGGUAUGCAUCAAACUAUCCGAGGGCUGCCAACAUAAAAUACUGAGAGAUAAAGCUAUAUCUAUGCGAAAGCAAAAAUGUGUACGAUGGCUGUAAAUUGGAAUUACCUGUCACCAUAUGAAUUUUCUAAGUCGAUAGACUGCUUAGUAGGACACAUGCACCUUAUAUGCUGAACGUGGUGUAUCAUUUCUUCGAUACAAAGUGAAUAAAAUGUUUAUCUCAUUGCUUC